AAAACCGCUGGUACGGCUGGGACUGUUACGGCUUGACAGUGAGCUCACAGGCAAAAAUCACCAGCGGUGUCGUUUGAGGAAAUUUCGUUUCACAAUGUCAGCAGUUGGUCCAGAAGGCUCUGCCGCAGCGGCCGGCAAUAAGCGCUUGCAGCAGACGCAGGCCCAGGUGGAUGAGGUGGUGGACAUUAUGCGUGUUAAUGUGGACAAAGUGCUGGAACGUGAUCAGAAGCUGUCUGAACUGGAUGACCGAGCUGAUGCACUCCAGGCUGGAGCCUCCCAGUUUGAGACCAGUGCAGCUAAGCUGAAAAGGAAGUACUGGUGGAAGAACUGCAAGAUGUGGGCGAUCCUGAUAGCUGUCAUUGUGAUCAUCAUCGUCAUCAUUAUUAUCUGGAAUUACUCGUAAGUAAGCAACAGGAGGAGGAGGAGGAGGGGUAGAAGACACGAUAAAGAAGAGAAGUGGAGCCAUGUGACUCGUGUCUCAGAGUAGCUCCACAUUUUCCACCUCUACAGGGGUCUUCAUUCUUUGUCCUGGAUUGCCCUGUGUGUGCCUGUGUGCGUGUGUGAUUGCUUAUGUGCCUUUGUCACAGUUUUAACCUAUAACAUUACAAAAUUCCAGACAUUACUAGGAUAUACACAUACCAAAGAAAACCAAAACGUAUGUACAGAAAUGUGUUUAUAACUCGACUAAAGCCCAGUUAUAAAUAUAAAGAGUCUAAAUAGACUUUGGCAGAACACACACACAUAUAUACACACACACACACACACACACACACACACACACACACACACACACACACACACACACACACACACACACACACACACACUCAAACCUUAAGACUAGAAUUGAAGAACACUGUAAACUCUCCUCAUCUUGUAUUUUUAUAUUUUAUUAACAGUUCUUUGAUUGCGUGUUCCAGGCUAAGAGAAGUGCCUUUAAGGAUUAGCUGUUCAGUGGUAUAGUUUAGAUUGUAACAGUAAUCCUGCAUUUGGUGGAAGAGGUGCCCCUUCCCAGAUUUAAAAUAUUUCUGCUCUUGAGAGUGUGACACCAGUAUUUUCCUUUUCCUCUCUCAUGCUUUUUCCUUUAAUUGGUCAGCUUUGCAAAUAUUAGUUGACCAGUGAAAUCUAAUUACUCAUUUUAUUUCUGCACAUGGUUAAGUGCUGAUCAGGUCCAAUGUUUACGAUGUUAAUGUUAGAUCUGAAUGAAGAGAAGAAGUCAUUCUGACAACACAAAACUUACUGGUAACUGGUAACGUACUGUUGAACCACCUCACUGUGUCCAUUCCUGUUCAUGUUAUUUUCAGGCAGUGAUUGGGAUGCAGUAAAAGUUUGCAUGAGUUUGUGUUUAGAUUAAGUGCCUGUUUACUAUGACCAGUAUCCUUAUUGCCUGACAAAUUUGCCAUAAAAUGUAAAAGGAAAAAAAAAUUACAAACCCACACACACAGAAGUGCCAUCAUGGGGUAUCAAGAGAGGAAUUAUCUCAAUUAGUUGCUCUUACGUGUCAGAAAAAUGGCCUUUAUGUAAUAAUAAUUAUCAACAAUUAAGAGGAAAGAAAAUCAGCAGUUUAAUUUUAGACUUUAAUAGGUGUCUCCAAUGGAGAACAGCCAAAAAUGCAGCCAUACCUUCUGAACACAUGCACCAGCCAGCCAGAGAACGAAUAGUGCCUUGUGAGCUCCCUGUCCAGCAGAUACUGUGCAGCUAGCCUGUGUGAUCAGUUGAAUUUAACCUUUAAUAAAGACUUUUGUUUCUUCACACUGGCGUUGAUCCAUUCUUGUUGAUGCACAAUGCUUCUAACACAAAACAAUUACAUUCUAACAUGCUAUAUUUGUCAUACAGUAGCUUUAUUUGCAUUCUGUUAAACGUAGAGUUGAUCAUAGUUAGGCUAUAGUACAUUUGUUGAGAUGCUCAGGUCAGUACUGCUGAGCAUCAUGGGUGAUUGAGAGUGGAAAUAUUUUGUUGGUCCAUGGCAUUGUGAUACAUGUUACAUUAACACUGGAUUUGGGAUUGCUUUGUAUAUUAUUUUCACUCUGUUUGGUAUUUAUAACUCCCAGAAGACUGUUUAGGUUACAGUUUCAGCGUUGUUUUUUUUCUUGACUUCUAGCAAUCAUUAGCUUUUUUUCCCCCUCUCAUACUGCUUGUGUGUUACUGAUAGAGAAAUGAACACUAACACAAAUAUGUACUUUUUUUUUUCUUUUUCUUUUUUUUAAGCAUGUAGAUUUAAUCAGACUGUAGCCACAACUUAAAUUUGUAGGCAUGGAAAUGCUUUUAUGGGCCAGCUUUUUAUUAAGCAUACAUGGAAUUGUCAACCUCAUUAUUUUUCUUUUUUCUUUUUUCUUUUUUUCUUUUUUUGUCCACGGGAAUUUAAGAUCUUAUAACUUCCAGGCCUUGCUUCACUUCUGGAAUGUACGUGGAAAUAUGUGCAAUUCUGCUCUGUGGGCCCUAAAUUUAUUUUUGCUUGAAUAAAACUGAUGUUAAAUCAAA